GAUGGGUCCUCAAAGGAUUCCCUGAUAAAGUCGGUAAUCGCUCCUAUAAAAACACGGUUGCCUGCCUCGCAAAUCCUCCAUCGUUCAGAAUUCGUGGAACAAUCAGAGACACGCCAAUUCCUUCAACCUCUUAAACUUCUCUCUCGCUUUUCCUCCAAGAUGCAGAUCUUUGUGAAAACCCUCACAGGCAAGACCAUCACCCUCGAGGUUGAAAGCUCUGACACUAUUGAUAAUGUCAAAGCCAAGAUCCAAGACAAGGAGGGCAUUCCCCCAGACCAGCAAAGGCUGAUCUUUGCUGGCAAGCAGCUUGAGGAUGGCCGCACCCUUGCCGACUACAACAUACAGAAGGAGUCCACCCUCCACCUGGUGCUUCGUCUCCGUGGUGGCAUGCAAAUAUUUGUUAAGACCCUCACCGGAAAAACCAUCACUUUGGAGGUUGAGAGCUCUGACACGAUUGAUAAUGUCAAGGCCAAGAUCCAAGACAAAGAGGGUAUCCCACCAGACCAGCAGAGGCUGAUCUUUGCUGGCAAGCAGCUUGAGGACGGCCGCACCCUCGCUGACUACAACAUCCAGAAGGAGUCUACCCUUCACUUGGUUCUCCGUCUUCGUGGUGGUAUGCAAAUCUUUGUCAAGACCCUUACCGGUAAGACAAUCACCUUGGAAGUUGAAAGCUCGGAUACCAUUGAUAAUGUUAAGGCAAAGAUCCAGGAUAAGGAGGGCAUUCCCCCGGACCAGCAGAGGCUCAUCUUCGCUGGUAAGCAGCUUGAAGAUGGUCGCACGCUUGCUGAUUAUAACAUUCAAAAGGAAUCGACUCUCCACUUGGUGCUCCGAUUGCGUGGUGGUAUGCAAAUCUUUGUGAAGACCUUGACUGGGAAAACCAUUACCCUGGAAGUUGAAAGUUCUGAUACAAUUGAUAAUGUGAAGGCCAAAAUCCAGGACAAGGAGGGCAUUCCCCCAGACCAACAAAGGUUGAUCUUUGCAGGCAAGCAGCUCGAGGAUGGAAGGACACUUGCUGACUACAACAUUCAAAAGGAGUCCACUCUGCACUUGGUGCUUCGUCUGCGUGGUGGGAUGCAGAUCUUUGUGAAGACAUUGACUGGGAAGACAAUAACAUUGGAAGUAGAGAGUUCUGAUACCAUUGAUAAUGUGAAGGCAAAGAUCCAGGACAAGGAGGGCAUUCCUCCGGACCAGCAGAGGCUCAUCUUUGCCGGUAAGCAGCUGGAGGACGGGAGGACCCUUGCGGAUUACAACAUCCAAAAGGAGUCUACCCUUCACCUUGUCCUUCGCCUCCGUGGUGGUUUCUGAAUUCUGAAUAAUGCUUGUGAUCUCAUCCUGCACUGAACAUUGAACAGUUUCCUUUUCGGUUUUGGAUUUUCGUAUUCGUAAGUUGGCCAAUGGAUGAGUCACCCUAAAACUAUUUAGUUAAUGAAUAAAUGUACUUUUAUGUGCA